ACUGUCGGCAUAAACAACAGCGGUGCCUUUGCAUGAGCGCGUCCAUCCUGCGCGCCUUGUCUGUCCUGCGCGUCCUCUACUAGUUUCCCCCCUGCCAUGCCCCGGGUGACCUCUCUGCUGCCUGCCCUGCUGUGUGUCCUCCUGUCCGGCCUGAGCAGGGGGUAUUUCCCCGAGGAGCGGUGGAGCCCUGAGUCUCCGCUCCUCGCUCCUCGGGUUGUCAUCGCGUUGGUCUGCCGCAACUCGGCGCACUCUCUGCCGCUAUUCCUGGGCACCAUCGAGCGGCUGAACUACCCCAAGGAUCGUAUCGCUCUCUGGGUGGCGACAGAUCACAACAUAGACAACACUACAGCGCUCCUGAGAGACUGGCUCAUAAAGGUGCAGAGUGACUACCAUUAUGUGGAGUGGAGGCCUAACGAGGGGCCCAGCUCUUUUGAAGAUGAGUCGGGGCCAAAGCACUGGAAUAAUCUACGUUAUGAGCAUGUUAUGAAGCUCCGACAGGCCGCUCUGGACACGGCCCGUGAGAUCUGGGCCGAUUACCUCCUGGUGGUUGACUGUGACAACCUGCUCACCAAUCAGGAUGUGCUGUGGAAACUGAUGAGAGAGAACAAAACCAUUGUAGCACCAAUGUUGGAGUCCAGAGCGGCCUACUCCAACUUCUGGUGCGGCAUGACUACUCAGGGCUACUACAAAAGAACACCUGCAUACAUGCCAAUCCGAAAGCAGGAACGCAGAGGUUGCUUUGCUGUGCCCAUGGUCCACUCCACAUAUCUGCUGGAUCUACGAAAAGAAGCCUCCCGACAGCUGGCUUUCUACCCGCCCCAUCCAGAGUACAGCUGGGCCAUGGAUGACGUUAUAGUGUUUGCUUACUCAGCACGAAUGGCAGAUGUCCAGAUGUACGUGUGUAACAAGGAGACAUACGGGUACUUCCCAGUGCCCAUGCGCGCCCAUGCCACGCUGCAGGACGAGGCAGACAGCUUUCUGCACACACAGCUGGAGAUCAUGGUGAGGGAUCUUCCGUUGGAGCCCUCUAGUUUCCUGUCAGUUCCUCCGAAGCGGCCUAACAAGAUGGGGUUUGAUGAGGUGUUCAUGAUAAAUCUGGUGAGGAGACCGGACCGCCGCGAGCGAAUGCUGAGAAGCCUCUACGAGCAGGAACUCAGCUGUAAGGUUGUGGAGGCUGUGGAUGGGAAAGCCCUAAACACCACUGAUAUCGAGGCUAUGGGGAUUAAGAUGCUGCCCGGGUACAAAGACCCUUAUCAUGGCCGAGCACUCACCAAGGGCGAACUAGGUUGUUUCCUCUCACAUUUCAACAUCUGGAAUGAGAUAGUGGAGCGAGGUUUGCAAACUUCGCUGGUUUUGGAGGACGACCUCCGUUUCGAGGUUUUCUUCAAACGGCGUCUUCAGGCGCUGCUGCAGGAAGUGACAGUGCACAAGUUGGACUGGGAUCUCAUUUACAUCGGGAGAAAGCGGAUGCAGAUUGACCAUCCAGAGAAGGCUGUUCCAAACAUAUACAACCUGGUGGAAGCCGACUACUCCUAUUGGACUCUGGGAUACAUGCUGUCCCUGCAGGGGGCCCAGAAGCUCCUCCGGGCCGAACCUUUGAGCAAAAUGCUUCCUGUUGACGAGUUUCUCCCCGUCAUGUACGACAAACACCCAGUAUCUGAGUACAUGGAGCCCUUUGAGCCUCGGGACCUGCACGCUUACUCUGCAGAGCCCCUUCUGGUGUAUCCAACUCAUUACACAGGUGAGGUGGGCUAUAUCAGUGACACAGAGACGUCAGUGGUGUGGGACAAUGAGACAGUCAAAACAGACUGGGACAGGGCCAAGUCCAGGAAGACUCAGGAGCAGGAGGAGCUCAGCUUUGAGGCACAAAACUCAGAUGUGCUGCAAUCGGAGCUGGAGAAGUGGAGCAAACGGGAGGAGCUGUGAACUAUGCAACGAUACAGAAAGGAAACAACAGAAAUGUGAAGCUUAGACUGUGUGGAGGGGGCUGGAGAGAAAUACUUCUGAUGCAUAACAAUAAAUUUGACUAUUGUGGAAAAGUGAAUGUAUUUUAGUUCAAUAUAAGUAAAGUAACAAAUAUAUGGUGUAAACUGUACUAUUUAUUUAAAAGAGUGAAAUACAGUAUUUGUUGUUCAGUAUUGAUAAUAACACACUAGAAUGUACUGUUAUUAUUCAGGGUAUUGAUACUAUUCACAUGCCAAGGUCAUAAAAAUAGAAUAUUACUGCUAAUACUAAUAUUUCACACUAUUGCACUAAAUCUGUGCUUUACAUUGAACUACUGCUAGGUCUGUCACAAUAAUAUAUUUUGAAGUUUCAUAUAUUCCUGCAGUAAAUAAAUGAUAAUAUUGAAACUAAUUUCUGGCACUGACACAACAACCCAAGAGCAGAUUUAUACCACAAAACCUAAAUCUGCAAUAUUGUAAAAAAAAUAAAUAAAUCAUGAGCUGCAAUAAAUAAACAGCAGAAUGAAACACUUUAGUACUUCUCUAAUGAGUCUUAGAAGUUAUUAAUUCAACUUUUUACAGCUCAAAUCUUAUCAUAUGGCCAAAAAAAUAGCCUAAAAAUUAUGCAGCAGUGCCAAGAAAAUCUACACAAAAAAUAUUGUUCCAUCUUUUGUAUACUGAACGAAGUCGAUAUGGUAAUGAUCGUGACAGGCCUAACUACUGCAUUUUUUAAGAAUAUUUUUUAAAAUUCAGUAUGUAUUCAGUGUGUUGCAAUACAAAACUGCAACACAAAUCCAAUAUUUGAAAGCAUUAAAAAUUCAACAAUAUUCAUAUUUAUUGAUAUUGGCCUUUAGUUUCUCCCACAGUGGCCCCCUCUCUGACAGAAAGGGGUUAGAUAUCUUUUAACUCUGGACUAGUCAGCUUGAAGUACAGUUUUAUUUAUUGUCUUGGACACAGAGCUCACUCCACGGGCUGACUGAAGCACUCUUUUAUUAUUUUCAUAAUAUUUCAUCCCAGACUCUUUCCAAUUCCUCCUUUUAGGGUUUUUGGCAUAAAGAUAGUGCACAGUCAGAGUUAGAAGUACUUUGCAUUCAUUACUCCUAUAAAACUCUCAACGAUCGCACAAUUUCACAUUAUCUGUGUAAUAGCUGCAAUUUGGGGUUUAAAAUGGAGUUCUAAAUAUGAACAGAGCCUUUUACAAUUCAGUGGCUCAAUAAAGGUAGUCUGUAAAGCUGUCAGCAUCUUUUGUUGACCACAGGGCAUCCUUUGUGUUUUUAAUCCAACUGUUGAGUGGAUGGAAAGAUAACAAAUGAUCCAAAUCACUGCUUAUGCUAGUUCAAACAAAGAGAAAAUUUAACUGCACGUUUAAAUUCAAAUAAUCUGUUUUUUUAAAAAAGGCUUUAAAGUCAAAUUCAAUCACUGUAAGUGUUUGAAAUCUAGUUUGUCACAGCGUUAGUGAUUAACAGGUGUAACAAAUUUUAACUUCAUGUGUGUUGGCCAUUUUUCUAUUAUUUUCUACUUGUGUGUCUUUUCUACAAGAGAACAAAUAAAACUUUUACAGUGG